UCUCUAGGGUUAUUCUCUCUCUCUCUCCUCUUUCAUCGUUCUCAUCGACCGGCGAUUCGCCUUCAUCGGCUCGCGAUUCCCCAACAUCGGCGCAUCCUCUGGAUCCUCGGCGGGCAUCUACGGCGGUCUCGGGGGCUCAGAUGUUCAUCCGGGCGUAGGAGUGGAUGUGGAUUUGCUUGAACGUAGCAGAAAGCUCCUACUCAGUACUAAAAUAUGCAUGGGUGGUGUGGUAAUGCGCGGGUUUUUCUGGUAACUUGAUACAAUGCCAAGAGGACAGAGGCAGCAACAUGGUCGCCUGCCAUCUAACAAGCCUCCAAGAAACAGAGCAUCGCCUGCUAGGCUUGUCAAGUUAUAUGGAAGCAUGUGUGACGACCAGCGCAAGAUGAUAUGCAAUGUGAACUUCAGUGGCCUGCUUAAGAUUUCAUGCACCACGAUGCCAGCGGACCUUGCUAACUAUCUUAUGGUGGAUUGCUUCGAUGCUGAAAGAGCAGAACUUGUGUUUCCUGGGAGGGGCAGGAUCUUUGUCACAGCAGAUUCUGUGGCUGAUAUACUAGGCUUACCCAACAAGUGUGGUGAAGUAAAUUAUGAGUUGGAUGUGGACGCUAUUAACUUCGUGCACAACCAGUACGACAUUGUUCAUGGGACGGCACCCAAGAUUGAAGAAAUUAUAGAAAGGAUAAAGAACAACAGGUUUGCAAAUGAAGACUUUUUGAGAUCUUGGCUGAUGAUUGCUGUGUCAACAUUUCUGUGCCCUCCAACAAGUUUGGGAAUCAGUCCAAGGUGCUACCCAUCACUAGUUGAUCUUUCGCACAUGAAGAAGCUGAAUUGGUGUCAAUUUGUGGUUGACCAGCUCAAGGAUGCUGCUAAAAACUUAGACAAGAAACAUUCCGUGAGGGGAUGCUUUCUUCUACUUGUUAUCCUGUAUGCUGAUUCACUAGUUGUUGACAAUGUACAAAUCCCUGCCACCAAGCUCAGGAUUGCUGCAUGGACGAGGAAUCUUUUGGACAAGGUCAUUAGGUUGGACAGAAAUCGCGAUGGAUCUUUUGGCAAGCUGAAGCUCAAAUUAUCAGGACAUUCAGUGGUCCAGGAUUCUUUUUUCCUCAUGGAUGAUGUAAAUACAUUUGUAGCAUCAAAAUUGCCCCGACAGAUGGCAAUUGAGAAGAAGAGGAAACUUGCAGCUGCUGUAAGCAAAGUCCUAAGCAGAGUGACAGACAUGCUCGGCACAUUUAUACAAGAAGUUGUUGCAGUAGAAGACUCACCUGGACCAAACUUGAGAUGAUCAACGCGGGGGAGGACAACAGAACCACAUGAAACUGACGAUGGUGAAGAAGAGACAGAUGAAGAUUCAGACUAUGAAGAAGAUGAAGAAGAGUGGAUCAACAGUAUUGAAGACGGUGGUUCAAAUCAGGGAGCUGAGGAUGAAGAUGUUCGAGAGGAAGACGAAGAUGAGAGCAAUGACUUUGUUCCUCUUAGCAAGCGGUUAAAGAGAAUGCAAUCAGCCCCAAGCAAAACUGGCAAGGCCAAUACAGCAGCUGGUGCUGACAGCAUUGGAGGAACAAUCCAAGCAAUGGAAAAUAGGGGAUCUGAAGUUCAAGCAGCGAACAAACCAAACAACCUGAACACCUUGCGUUCAAGGUUGAUGCUGCCAGAUAACCCAACAAGUGCAGGGAAGCAUGAUAACAAGAUGAUGGAUGAAGGAUGCAGUCAUAGGGAGAGCACCCCUGCUGAGGUCAACCUAACAACGUCUCUUCACAGUGAGAAGAACAUGGAUGGAGGCUGCACUUUGAGGGGAAGAGGUCCAGCUAUCUCAGCAAGUGUUUGGCAAGGGCAGUUCUUGGGAUUUCCCCCCUCCUACAUUCGACAUUAUGAAGCCAAUUGAAGAGUCGACACCACCUGGUGAAAAAACAAAUGACGGGUCGCUAUGGUCACUGGAUGACCAUCCAGAGGAGGUCUUUCAACAAUGGGAAGCUCAAGCUUAUGAGAUCAAUAGACAAGCCAAGGCAAAGGUGAAGAUUGGUCUUCAUGAUACACCACCGAGCGCAGUUGCAUCCAGCAGCAAGCAAAAUGAUACCGGGCCACCAAGGACAGCUAGUGCCCAAGUGUUGAGAACACAACCAGCAAUAGGCACCACACCUGGUGCUGCAGCAGAGGGUAAAACAGAGGGUGACUCGUCCGUCACACCUGACUACACACCUGCACCAAGCGGAUGUUCAAAGCGCCCGCAGCACUGCAGUCUCCAUAUGUUGAAGUUGCUAAGAAGGUAUCAUUCAAAUGCAGCAAGGAUGUGAGCAGGGUGUACAACGCUGUUUGUAUGUGUUCAGGAAGGCCAACCAGGUCCAACAAUAGGAAAGCAAUCAUAAUGAAUUACUUGUUCACCUUUGCUGUAUUGGGAGAUCUGGUGGACCCAGUAAAACUAGCAGGGUAGUUGAAGAAUACUAUCGCAGAUAUUGGCAUCUACGUGCUGAAUGGCAAGAAGACAAGGGGUGCCACCAGAUUUGUAAUGCCACUCUACGUUUCAACACUUUUGCAUAGUCAUCAAAUGGGGAUGGCAGCUGUCCAACAAGCGUUUAAAAAGGACACAAACCACCUAGACUAUCGGCAGCUGAUAUUCUUCCUAGUCCUACAGAACCUGGUCCCGGAUGACGAACAUUCAGCCCACUACUUUUUGAUUGUGCUAAAUCUGUGCAACAAAAGGUUCGAACUGCUUGAUUCUUUGAGGACAUUGGGAGAUGCAAAAUUGGGUGUUUGCUGAAACAAACUAUUGAGUGCAAUAAAAAUCUUGUGGAAAACACACUAUGAUGAUACAAUGCAUGCAAUAGACAAUUAUGAAUU